ACCGGCAUUUAGGGUUUGGGGCUCCGUCGACGUCGGUGUGUCCGGCGACCUUGCCCGCGCGCUCUUUCUUCGUUUGUUUUGUUUGUGUGUCUUGAUUGUUUGAGUGCCUCGCGACCUCGUCGUUGCCGAUUGCGAUCGAUCGCGGCGUGACAUGGGAGCUCCGCGAUUACCCCCGCAGCGACAUCGCCAGCCCUGCUCCCGCUCCUUCUCUGCUGCUGCUGCACCCUCACACUCACGCCCCUCCUGGUAACGCUGUGCGUGCCCUGAUCUGUUCGUGGUCUCUUCCUCUCGCUCUCGCUUCUUUCCGCUCUUCCGCUUUGCCUUCGCCAUGGGAGACUAUGGCGAUGCAUACAUGCGGAAGGAUGCCUCAGGUCCGCCGGGCCGCACCAAGGCGCAGAACCGCGCCACCGUUCAGCAGCUGAAACUGAUUGGGCAGAGCCAUCCAACUGGAUUGACUACGAAUCUUUUGAAACUUUUCGAGCCUCGGCCCCCUCUAGAAUACAAGCCCCCUCCAGAGAAGCGAAAAUGCCCCCCUUAUCUAGGUAUCGGGCAAUUCGUUCAGCAUUUUGCAGAGCCUGGAGAUCCCGAAUAUGCCCCUCCUGUCACUAAGGGAGAAACUCCUACACAAAGACGCGCUCGUAUUCAUCAGCUUCGAUUGGAGGAAGGAGCGAAGAAGGCAGUUGAUGAGUUAUCUAAGUAUGAUCCGACCAAUGAUCCAGAUAUAGAAGGAGAUCCUUACAAGACGCUGUUUGUUGCUCGCAUAAGUUAUGAAACGACUGAAAACAAGAUCAGGAGAGAGUUUGAAAGCUAUGGUCCUAUUAAACGUGUCCGACUUGUACAUGAUAAAACUUCAAAGGCUCCCCGAGGAUAUGCAUUUAUUGAGUAUCAGCACACUCGGGACAUGAAAACUGCUUAUAAGCAAGCUGAUGGUCGUAAGAUAGACAAUCGGCGAGUCCUUGUUGACGUUGAACGAGGUCGCACUGUACCUAAUUGGCGUCCUCGAAGAUUGGGUGGGGGUUUGGGGUCUACUCGGGUAGGAGGUGAUGAAGUGAAUCAGAAGUACUCUGGACGAGAACCGCAACUGGUUACAGCUGCAACAACCACCAGAUCAGAGGAGCCGAAGGCACGGGACGCUGUCAUGAGUCAUGAUGAUAGGGAUUUGGAUAAGCCGGACAAGCGAGAGAAGGAUCGAGAUUUUGAUCGAGAUCAUGAACGAACACGGGACAGGGAUGAUGACGGUUACCGUGAACGUGAUCGGGAGAAAGACAGGGAUGAUAGAGAGCGCGACAGUGAUAGACACCGGGAUCGUCAUCGCGAUCGCGGAGACCGUGAUCGUGGCACUCGAGAGAGAGAUCGUGGUGGUCGUGAUCGAGGACGAGAUUGGGAGAGGGAUCGUAUUGGACGGUCCCGUUCACGAGAAAGAGAGAGGGAGAGAGAUCGGUGAUUUGAAGUUAAUGGAUGGCUGGGCCCAGUUGACGUGGGUAGCAUCCUUCACUGCCCAUUGAUUUGGAGUCGCGCAAUGAUUUGACAUGGUCUCGAAGCUGCAGUCAAGACAUCUAUGAAUGAAGAUACCGAUCAUCUGUUGAGAGGGAAGUCUAGAGGAAUGUUUCUAUCAUGGCACUUUCAAGAAGAGAUUUUUGAGCACCUGUUUGAUGGUAUUCGUUACGUCCAAGACAAGUAUGUUUCGCAAUUAUGUGCCUCAUAUCUACCUUUUGAUUGCUUUAAUGGUUCAUCAUGAGUAGAUCCUUCAGUUGGCAUGCGCAGGGAAUCGACUGUGCAAAGUUGUAUCAACCAUGCUCGUAGAUAGUGAAGAGCUCAUCUUUCGGUUUUUUCUUCUUUUUUUUUCCUUUUUUUUAUUUUAUUAUUUUUAUCCUUUUUUAAAAAUGUAUUCAUUCUGCCAAUUUGUGUAACAAGGCUUACACUACUGUGACAAGUUUCCAAGUUUAAA